AUGUCGUCCUUCUUCUCAUCUUUGCAGUCCUACGUGAGGCCACUCGCAACAGUCGCAGCAGGUGUUAUCAUUGCCAAAAUCAUGAGUACCAAUAGCACCUCGCCAGACGGCGGUGCUGGCUUAUCAGAUGGAGAUAAGCCAAACCAGCCAGGGCAAUACAAACCCUCUCCGAUCGAUGUCAUCGUAGUCAGAGUAACGCUCGAAAGGGCUUUCAAUCUUCCACCUGAGCUCUUGGACCUCAUCAUUGAUCAAGCCGAGUAUUGGCCGCACUCUGAGGCCAGCCUCGUUUACCAAGUACAGACUGCCCGCGACGCACUACGCAUCGUCGGCGGAACCGCCGAGGGAGAGAAUAAGCUUCUCGUAAGAUGUCCCCCGAUCGGAUACGUCGAUUACAAGAAGGUUGGGGAGGCAUUCAAGACGGCUCCGCUUCCGCCCAAGUCAGCAGACGGCUCGGUAGCGACAGAGCCGCUGCGGAACUUGACACUGAUGGAACCUUCGUCGAGCCCAACGGAACCGACACGAGAAGCUCCGAGGGAGUACUUUACUGGUUCGAUGACGCAGCCACCGGCGCUGAUUCACCCCGUUCGGAAAAUCGUCUUCAAGUUCAGAAGCAGAGACCAGGGCUGGGGUGGUUCGUAUGAUGAUCAGGGAACCUACCACGGGUCGUGGACAUGGUUUGAAGCGGGUUUGGAGAAGUUUGAUAAGGAUCGCAAGUGUGCGACGGUUCAUGUAAGCAAUCCGCGUCGAAACAACCCUCUGAUUCCGAACCCCCCAAUUCCACAAAUUCCGAUCCCUCCAACUCCGAUCCCGAAGCAGCGAACCUGUGCACUUGCGGCCUCCAAUCGGUAUAUCCUCCCCUCGUUGCGUCACCCGAUGGGAAGCUGGCAUAUCACCACCACGUAA